UUCCAGCUCUAAUUCCGGACGAUUUGACACAAAUCGUACAAUUUACACUAAUUCUUUUAAUCCGGAAACAUGAAUUAAUUAACACAUUAAUUACCACAAUUUAUAACAAAGGCCAACCACCAUUCAACAUACAAUACAUUGCGACAUAAAAUCAUGGCUGUAUUGGGAGCUCAAUUGGUUAUAACACUGGUUAUGGUCAGCGUCAUACAGAAGCUGAGCCCUCAUUAUUCAUUUGCCAAAUGGAUAUUGUGUCGCACCGGACUCUUCCGAUACCUGCAUCCUACGGACGAUGAGCUCCGCACAAAAGGGGGCGUGCCCAAAGAGCGUCCAGCCAAGAGCAAACAUAAGCAGCAGAACGGGAUUGGCAAUGGCACUGGAUUAUCUCAGUUUCAUAUACCCCGCAGCAUAGAAGUGGAGCUGGAGACGUCGCCAGUGCUGGAACGUGAUGUGGUGCAUCUGCGUUACUUUACCGAAUACCAAUGGCUGGUGGAUUUUAGUGUCUAUGCAGGCAUCGUUUAUAUGUGCUCGGAAAUAUUUCAUUAUUUCUAUCCGUUGAAGCAGGAGAUUAAUUUAAGCAUGGUAUGGUGCCUGCUAGUUAUCUUCUUUGCCCUGAAGCUGUUGUCUUCCCUCACCGUGUUGUACUUCCAAAGUGAAGAAUCAAUUGGAGAGCGCUCCAUGGUGAUAGUCGCCUGUCUUGUGUACUUGUUAAUUGCCAUGAUAGUGCUUAUCAUUGAUGAGCGUAUACUGGAAACCGGCCUGGAGGAUGCCUAUACUAGCUUCAAUGCCAGCGCCUCCAAAUUCCUCACCGAUCAGGGUCUGCCGUCAUCUGGUCCAGCCUCCAAAAUUGUGGUCAAAUUCUUUCUGGCCUUGAGCUGCGGUGUGCUGGGCUCCCUUUUCACCUUUCCUGGUCUGCGAAUGGCAAAAAUGCAUUGGGAUUCUCUGAAAUACUGCCGUGGCAAUCGCAUCUUACAAAUACUUUUAAAUCUUAGCUUUGUCCUGCCCUUCAUCCUGGUCAUACUGUGGAUUAGACCAAUUAGUCGAGACUAUUUGACGGUGCGUGUCUUCGAGGGAAUGGAACAACCUCUAUUGAAGCCACAUGUUUUCGAAACAUUGCGUCUGCUGCUGGUGAUCUUUGUAGUUAUAAUGCGAUUUGCACUGAUGCCCAUCUAUCUGCAGUCUUAUCUGAAUUUGGCCUAUGACAAAAUACUGGAUCUGCGUAAAGAGGCGGGUCGGAUUACCAACGUCGAGUUCCAAAAAAAGAUAUCCUCAAUUUUCUACUAUCUAUGUGUUGUGACCUUGCAGUUUGCUGCACCACUCAUUUUAUGCCUCUAUCUGACACUCAUGUACAAAAGCCUCGGUGGAUUCAGUUGGGCAGGUAUCUACAAGGAGAGCGUUGUCCUACAGCAUGAAUGCGCUGCCGACUCGGAAAUGGCUGCGUUGUCAGAUGCCAACCCUGACCCCAAUAAUGAGAGGGAAUUUAAUAUUUUGGAGUCCGCACAGUCCUUGCAGGCCUCAUUCGCUAGUCUCAAAAAUGUGUUCUCCACGGAAGUGUAUAAGGGAUUUCUUGGCUUUGCCACCUGGUGGAGCUAUUUUACCCUCUUUGCAACCUCCUCGCUGGGCAUCGUGUACCAGUCGUAUUUCAAUAAGACAUAAAUGACGCCAUCAAACACACACCCGCAUUAACCAAAUUCGCUGAAGUUCUCUACACUUGGCACCAAAGGCACCACCCAUAUAUUAUUGUAGAAUUCAUGUUUUCUCUUAAACUCGUUGAUAUUGUUUUUCUUUAUAGUCAAGCCAUAGCUCUUGUGAACUAAUUGGUUACUCUCAUGUAUUGUAAAUAAUACUAAUUUAUAUAUGAACUAUUGUUUACAAAGUUUGUAGUAAACUUUUUAAAUUAUAAAAAA